GGCCGAUAUUAUCGGACAUCUCUAUAAAUAACCCAAAAAUGUAUAUUUUGUUGUUUUCUUACUGUACCGAAAAUGAACCGAACCGUGACCUCUAAACCGAGGUACGUACCGAACCUAAUUUUUGUGUACCGUCACACCCCUAGUAAAAAGUAAUAAAACAUGUGUGUCUCAUGCAAAAUAGGCCACAAAUCUGGAAGUAUUGUUCAAACAGGAAUUAGAAAAAUGACUGUCGGCGCCACCUAAAGGGAUACUACAAACCUCGCAUUUUUGUUGGUUUUGAGCGGCGAUGCAAUCAAUGCAGGCCCGUUGCCUUGAUAAUCAAUCCGACACAGGUGUGCUCGCUGCACACCAGACGCCAGCAGAAAUAGUUUUCAACCGCUCCGUAUUAAACCUGAGUUUGGAAAAUGAAAAGAAAGUACAGAGCGUUCAAGUGAAGCUGUUUUGGUUUUGUUUUAUUGAUUUGGGUUUGAGCCAACAGUUUUGACGCAUGUAUCUGCUUUGAGUUUGUUGGUUUACCUUGACAUAGCAUACGCUCACCCACUACUACCUGGCCAUCUUCAAGCAAAACCACAACAAAAUUGUGGUCCAUGUCGCCCUAAACAAGACAGCCAUGUGGGUCAGUCCCGAAGAGGUGCUGCUGGCCGGCGCCUUGUGGAUGACGGAGAGAGCCAAUCCUUACUUCAUCCUGCAGAAGAGGAAAGGCCAUGGCGGCGCAGGAGGAGGACUAGCUGGUUUGCUGGUGGGAACCUUGGACGUUGUCCUGGAUUCGAGUGCCCGAAUGGCCCCCUAUAGGAUUCUGUACCAAACCCCGGACUCACUGUCCUACUGGAUCAUCGCUCACGGAACAUCGCGUAAGGAGAUCACGGAGCACUGGGAGUGGCUGGAGCACAACAUGCUGCAGACUCUCUCCAUCUUUGAGAACGAGAACGACAUAACCACCUUCGUCAAAGGAAAAGUCCAGGGCAUCAUCGCAGAGUACAACAAGAACCACGAUGUCAAAGAGGACGACGACACGGACAAGUUCAAAGAGGCCAGCUCCAGGUUCCGCAAGUUGUUCGGCAUGCCGGAGGAGGAGAAGCUGGUCAACUAUUACUCCUGCAGCUACUGGAAGGGCAAGGUGCCCCGACAAGGGUGGCUCUACCUCAGCAUCAACCACGUCUGCUUCUACUCCUACUUACUAGGCAAAGAAGUCAAACUGGUGGUGCGCUGGGCGGACAUCACGCAGCUGGAGAAGAGCGCCACCCUCCUGCUGCCCGACGGCAUCAAGGUGAGCACGCGCAGCCACGAGCACGUCUUCUCCGUCUUCCUCAACAUCAACGAGACCUUCAAGCUGGCGGAGCAGCUGGCCAACAUCGCCAUGCGUCAGCUCCUGGACAACAAGGGCUUCGAGGCGGACCGCUCGCUGCCCAAACUCAAGAAGAAGUCGCCCAAGAAGGUGUCGGCCCUCAAGAGGGACUUGGAUGCCAGAGCCAAGAGCGAGCGUUACAGGGCGCUGUUCCGUCUGCCCAAAGAUGAAAAACUGGACGGGCACACAGGCUGCACCCUGUGGACCCCUUUUAACAAAAUGCACAUUCUGGGACAGAUGUUUGUCUCCACCAACUACAUCUGCUUCACCAGCAAGGAGGAGAUGCAGUGUAGCCUCAUUAUUCCACUUCGGGAGGUGACCAUCGUGGAGAAGGCAGACAGCUCCAACGUGCUGCCCAGCCCGGUCUCCAUCAGCACCAAGAACCGCAUGACUUUCCUGUUCGCCAACCUGAAGGACCGAGACUUCCUGGUGCAGAGGAUCUCCGACUUCCUGCAGCAGACCCCCUCCAAGAGUGGCAUGGAGCGGGAACUCACCGGCAGCCUCAACAGCUCCGACGACGAGGUUUACUCCCAGCACGGGUCGCUGCUCUCCACCAGCCCACAGCACAGCCUGAGUUCGGAGGGCGAGCGGAGCUUCAACCUGAACGACAGCAGCGUGCCCACCGCCACGCAGGCCCUCAUGACCAUGUACCGCCGCCGCUCGCCAGAGGAGUUCAAUCCCAAACUGGCUAAAGAGUUCCUGAAGGAGCAAGCCUGGAAGAACCACUUCACCGAGUACGGCCAGGGGGUGUGCAUGUACCGCACCGAUAAGACCAAAGAACUGGUCCUGAAAGGCAUCCCCGAGAGCAUGAGAGGAGAGCUCUGGCUGCUCUUCUCUGGGGCGAUCAACGAGAUGGCCACCAAUCCCGGCUAUUACGAAGACCUGGUGGAGAGGUCGAUGGGGAAGUACAACUUGGCCACGGAGGAGAUCGAGCGAGACCUUCACCGCUCGCUGCCGGAGCACCCCGCUUUCCAGAACGAGAUCGGUAUCGCCGCACUUCGCCGGGUCCUAACCGCUUACGCCUUCAGAAACCCAAACAUCGGAUACUGCCAGGCCAUGAAUAUCGUGACGUCGGUGUUGCUGCUCUACGCUAAAGAGGAGGAGGCCUUCUGGUUGUUAGUGGCGCUCUGUGAGAGGAUGCUGCCAGACUACUACAACACCAGGGUCGUAGGAGCUCUGGUGGAUCAAGGCGUGUUCGAGGAGCUGGCUCGCGAGUACGUGCCCCAGCUGUACGACUGCAUGCAGGACCUGGGCGUCAUCUCCACCAUCUCGCUCUCCUGGUUCCUCACCCUCUUCCUGUCGGUCAUGCCGUUUGAGAGCGCCGUGGUGGUGGUGGACUGCUUCUUCUACGACGGCAUCAAGGUGAUCUUUCAGCUGGCGCUCUCCGUGCUGCACGCCAACAUCCACCAGCUGCUCGGGUGCAAGGACGACGGCGAGGCCAUGACCGUGCUGGGCAGAUACCUGGACAACGUGACCAAUAAGGACAGCACCUUGCCUCCCAUCCAACAUCUGCACUCCUUGCUGACGGACAACGGAGAGCCGCAUCCAGAGGUGGACAUCUUCAAACUGGUCCGCAGCUCUUACGAGAAAUUCGGCUCCAUCCGCGCCGACGUGAUCGAGCAGAUGCGUUUCAAACAGAGGCUGAGGGUCAUCCAAACCAUCGAGGAUACAACAAAGCGCAACGUGGUCAGAAGUGUUGUGACAGAGACUGCCUUCAGCAUGGACGAGUUGGAGGAACUCUACGUCCUCUUUAAGGCCGAGCACCUGACCAGCUGCUACUGGGGAGGCAGCAGCAACCCCACCGAGCGCCACGACCCCAGCCUGCCCUACCUGGAGCAGUACCGCAUCGACGUGGAGCAGUUCAAGGGCCUCUUCAACCUCCUCUUUCCCUGGGCCAACGGCGCCCACUCGGACCCCUUGGCGGCGCGCUUCUUUCGCCUGCUGGAUCAGAACGGGGACGCCUUCAUUAAUUUCCGGGAGUUCAUCAACGGCCUCGGCGUUCUAUGUCACGGCGACCUCACAGAGAAGCUGAAGCUCCUUUACAAGACGCACGUUCUACCUGAGACGACGAGUGAACAGGAGGAGCCUGACUCCGCCUUCGAGGCCACGCAGUACUUCUUUGAAGACAUCACCCCGGAAACAUCAAUAGGCCAGGACACAAAGAACCAAAGUGAGAAGGAUGACGGCUUUGUCAGGGUUACUUUCAAAACGGAAAAAGUGAAGAAACUCAACAACCCCGACUACCGACACUACCUGAAACUGUGGAACCAGGAGAGCAAGUCUAAGACGGAGCACACUAAGGAUCUUCCCAAGCUGAAUCAGAGCCAGUUCAUCGAGCUGUGCAAGACGCUGUACAGCAUGUUCAGCGAGGACGUGGCGGAGCAGGAGCUGUACCACGCCACCGCCACCGUCACCAGCCUGCUGCUGGAGAUGGGCGAGGUGGGCAAGCUCUUCUGCCGCGCCGGCAGGGACCGGGAGCGAGCCCACCCGUCCGAGGCGCGCCAGGCGGACGAGGCGGACGAGGGAAAAUGCGGGGACGUCCGCCAGCCCUCGCCGCCCAUGCAGGACAUCAAGCUGGAGGACUCGUCUCCCAAAGACAACGGCGCCUCGUCGUCGGCCAUGCUCAUCUCCGACGACGAGGCCAAAGACGACACGUCGGUGUCGUCGUACUCGGUGCUCAGCGCCGGCUCGCACGACCUGGACGACAAGCUGCAGUGCGAAGACAUCGCCGACGACACGGUGCUGGUGAGGAACGAGGGCCAGGACGAGCGCGGCGGCGGCGUGGACAAAGACUGGGCCAUCACCUUUGAGCAGUUCCUGGCGUCCGUGCUCACAGAGCAGGCGCUGGUCAGCUACUUCGAGAAGCCCGUGGACGUGACGGCUCGCAUCACAAACGCUAAGAAUGUUCACAAAGUGGGGCGCCCCCUGCUGUCCACCAGUGACUAUGACAUCUCUCUGUCCGGCUAGGUUCACAAAGUGGGGCGCCCCCUGCUGUCCACCAGUGACUAUGACAUCUCUCUGUCCGGCUAGGUUCACAAAGUGGGGCGCCCCCUGCUGUCCACCAGUGACUAUGACAUCUCUCUGUCCGGCUAGGUUCACAAAGUGGGGCGCCCCCUGCUGUCCACCAGUGACUAUGACAUCUCUCUGUCCGGCUAGGUUCACAAAGUGGGGCGCCCCCUGCUGUCCACCAGUGACUAUGACAUCUCUUUGUCCGGCUAGGUUCACAAAGUGGGACGCCCCCUGCUGUCCACCAGUGACUAUGACAUCUCUCUGUCCGGCUAGGUUCACAAAGUGGGGCGCCCCCUGCUGUCCACCAGUGACUAUGACAUCUCUCUGUCCGGCUAGGUUCACAAAGUGGGGCGCCCCCUGCUGUCCACCAGUGACUAUGACAUCUUUCUGUCCGGCUAGGUUCACAAAGUGGGGCGCCCCCUGCUGUCCACCAGUGACUAUGACAUCGCUCUGUCCGGCUAGGUUCACAAAGUGGGGCGCCCCCUGCUGUCCACCAGUGACUAUGACAUCUCUCUGUCCGGCUAGGUUCACAAAGUGGGGCGCCCCCUGCUGUCCACCAGUGACUAUGACAUCUCUUUGUCCGGCUAGGUUCACAAAGUGGGGCGCCCCCUGCUGUCCACCAGUGACUAUGACAUCUCUUUGUCCGGCUAGGUUCACAAAGUGGGGCGCCCCCUGCUGUCCACCAGUGACUAUGACAUCUCUCUGUCCGGCUAGGUUCACAAAGUGGGGCGCCCCCUGCUGUCCACCAGUGACUAUGACAUCGCUCUGUCCGGCUAGGUUCACAAAGUGGGGCGCCCCCUGCUGUCCACCAGUGACUAUGACAUCGCUCUGUCCGGCUAGGAGUCCUGUUCCUCUUGGUGGACUUCACACUAAUAUUUCAUGUUUCAUGUCCAGUACAGACUUGUACUAGAAAGUACUGACACCAAUAUUUCAUGUCCAGUAGUAGAAAGUACACGUGCAGUAGACGUCUUGUCUUCUGUCCACAAUAUUGCACGUCCUGAAUGUUGCUCAACUAUAUACUGCUCACCUCCGUUUACCCUUUAAGAUACUACUGCACUCUCCUAGUAUCCUGUGUAGUACUACUACUUCACUCUCCUAGUAUCCAGUGCAGUACUACUACUGCACUCUCCUAGUAUCCAGUGUAGUACUACUACUGCACUCUCCUAGUAUCCUGUGUAGUACUACUACUGCACUCUCCUAGUAUCCAGUGUAGUACUACUACUUCACUCUCCUAGUAUCCAGUGUAGUACUACUACUGCACUCUCCUAGUAUCCUGUGUAGUACUACUACUUCACUCUCCUAGUAUCCAGUGCAGUACUACUACUGCACUCUCCUAGUAUCCAGUGUAGUACUACUACUGCACUCUCCUAGUAUCCUGUGUAGUACUACUACUUCACUCUCCUAGUAUCCAGUGCAGUACUACUACUGCACUCUCCUAGUAUCCAGUGCAGUACUACUACUGCACUCUCCUAGUAUCCAGUGUAGUACUACUACUGCACUCUCCUAGUAUCCAGUGUAGUACUACUACUGCACUCUCCUAGUAUCCAGUGUAGUACUACUACUGCACUCUCCUAGUAUCCAGUGCAGUACUACUACUGCACUCUCCUAGUAUCCAGUGUAGUACUACUACUGCACUCUCCUAGUAUCCAGUGCAGUAGUACUACUGCACUCUCCUAGUAUCCAGUGUAGUACUACUACUUCACUCUCCUAGUAUCCAGUAUAGUACUACUACUUGACCUUAGAGCUGUUAGCAGGACGCUGCAAUGAACGCAUCAUAACUCAACAGGAGAACGAGGCUCUCCUGUUGCUUCUCUAAGGAGACACAUUUCGUCCAAGAAGAGACUGAGGAAAGUGAGAGAAUGAGGGACUCUGGUAUUUAUUUCUAAGGAGAGAGACAUUGUCCAAGAGGAGACUGAGGGCAGCGAGACAAUUGCGGGAGUCAUGUAUUUCUAUAAGGACACAUACUUAUUUCAAGGGGAAGACUGGUGAGAACAAGGGUGCUCUGUAUUUACUUCUAAGGAGAUAAGCCUUAUCCAAGAGGAGACUGAGGGCAGCGAGAGAACGAGGGAGUCCUGUAUUUAUAUCUCUAAGAAGACAUACUCAUUCCAAGAGGGAGACUGGGGGAGAACAAGGGUGCCCUGUAUUUACAUCUAAGGAGAUUAGCCCUAUCUAAGAGGAGACUGAGGGCAGCGAGAGAACUAAGGAGUCAUGUAUUUUUUUCUCUAGGAAAACAUACUCAUCCCAAGGGGAAACUGGGGAGAACAAGGGUGCCCUGUAUUUACUUUUAAGGAGAUAAGCCUUAUCCAAGAGGAGACUGAGGGCCGCACAAGAAGGAGGGAGUCCUGUAUUUAUUUCUCGAAGGAGACCUACUCAUUCCAAGGGGGAGACUGGGGAGAACAAAAGUGCCCUGUAUUUACAUCUAUGGAGAUUAGCCCUAUCCAAGAGGAGAAUGAGGGCAGCAAGACAACGAGGGAGUCCUGUAUUUAUGUCUGUAAGGAGACCUACUCAUUCCAAGGGGGAGACUGGGGAGAACAAAAGUGCCCUGUAUUUACAUUUAUGGAGAUUAGCCCUAUCCAAGAGGAGAAUGAGGGCAGCAAGACAACGAGGGAGUCCUGUAUUUAUGUCUGUAAGGAGACCUACUCAUUCCAAGGGGGAGACUGGGGAGAACAAAAGUGCCCUGUAUUUACUUCUAAGGAGAAAAGUCUUAUCCAAGGGGAGACUGGGGGCAGCGAGACAAUGAGUGAGUCCUGUAUUCAUUUCUAUAAGGAGACAUUCAUUCUAAGGGGGAGACUGGGGAGAACAAGGGUGUCCUGUAUUUACCUUUUAAGGAGAAAAGCCUUAGCCAAGAGGAGACUGAGGGCAGCAAGAGAACGAGGGAGUCCUUUAUUUAUUUCUCUACGGGGACAUAUUCAUUCCAAGGGGAGACUGGGGAGAACAAGGGUGUCCUGUACUUACUUCUAAGGAGAGUUGCCUUAUCUAAUAGGAGACUAAGGGCGGUGUGACAAUUGCAGACUACUGUAAUAUCAUCUACGCGGAAAAGGGAGGCAACAAGGAGACUAAAAUUUACCUCUAAGGGUACAAAUUUUAUCCAAGUGGAGACUGAGGGCAGAAAGAGAACAGGGGUCGGCUGCAGCUACCUUGGAAGAGACACAUUUUAUUCAAGAGACUGAGGGGAGGGACAAAGGUCUCGGUAGAGAGAUUUUAUCCAAAAAGACACUAAGGUCGCCGUAGAACAAAAAUACAUAUUGUAUCCAGAAGGAGACUACAGGCAACAAAAAAGCAAUGAUGGACUGUAUUUACUUCUAUCAAUACUCAAUUUUAUUCAGGAGGAGACUGAGGGCAGCAAUGAUCUGUUGUGUUAGCCGGAAAGAGACAAGGUUUUAUUCAGGAGGAGACUGAGGGCAGCAAUGAUCUGUUGUAUUAGCCGGAAAGAGACAAGGUUUUAUUCAGGGGGAGACUGAGGGCAGCAAUGAUCUGUUGUAUUAGCCGGAAAGAGACAAGGUUUUAUUCAGGGGGAGAUUGAGGGCAGAAAGAGAACAGGGGUCGGCUGCAUCUACCUUGGAAGAGACACAUUUUAUUCAAGAGACUGAGGGGAGGGACAAGGUCUCGGUAGAGAGAUUUUAUCCAAAAAGACACUAAGGUCGCCGUAGAACAAAAAUACAUAUUGUAUCCAGAAGGAGACUACAGGCAACAAAAAAGCAAUGAUGGACUGUAUUUACUUCUAUCAAUACUCAAUUUUAUCAGAGGAGACUGAGGGCAGCAAUGAUCUGUUGUAUUAGCCGGAAAGAGACAAGGUUUUAUUCAGGGGGAGACUGAGGGCAGCAAUGAUCUGUUGUAUUAGCCGGAAAGAGACAAGGUUUUAUUCAGGAGGAGACUGAGGGCAGCAAUGAUCUGUUGUAUUAGCCGGAAAGAGACAAGGUUUUAUUCAGGAGGAGACUGAGG